AUGGCAAAGGUGAUGAUGAUGAUUAGAGACGACGAGGACGACAACAACAACAACAGCAAAGCCUCGAAUGUUGUUGGCGAAUCUUCUUUAGCACUAGAGUUUGUCUGUUCUCUUGGCAGAGGUGGUUUUGGUUCGGUCGCUCUCAUAAGAGACUCCAAAAACAGGUUACACGCUGAGAAAUCAUCUCCGAUAGCUUACAUGGAGAGUCUCAAGAAAGAGCAUAGGAUCAUGCUUCGUUUUCGUAACCAUCCACGCAUCGUCCAAACAACAAACCCUCAUCUCCACAUAGGGAUCAACCUCGACCAUUGCUACAUGUACAUGGAGUUUGCCUCCAAAGGUACUCUCCACGACUUCAUCUCCAACUUCAGUGGCCGACCAAUCCCUGAGGUUAUGAUCCGACGCGCUGCUCUCAUGAUCCUUCAAGGACUCCACGCUCUUCACUCUCGCGGCUACGUUCACUGCGACCUCAAGCCGGCUAACGUUCUCCUCUUCCCUUCCAAGAUUGUCGGAGAGCCGUGGGAUCUCAAGCUUGCUGACUUCGGUCUAUCUAAGGAGCCUUCUUGUACGAGUCUAAGGUCCUUGACUGGCGGUACAAAGGAGUACAUGCCCCCUGAGUCUUUGGGACUUAACCGAGCGAAGAUGGUUGGACCGGCUGUUGACAUAUGGGCUCUAGGGUGUGUUGUGCUUCAGAUGUUUGGAGGAUGUCCAGUGAAGAUGGGAGAAUGUUACAGCUGGAGCGUUCCGAGAAUUGUAUCUCCGUUGGCCAACCACUUCUUGAAGCGGUGCAUGGAGUUACAGCCCUCACGAAGACCCACCUCAGCUGAUCUGUUGAAACAUCCCUUUCUUUGA